AUGGGUGACGUAAUGCAUGGUGGGAGGUUCAGUUCACUGGUCGUGGAAGUUGCAGCAUUGGCGAUGAGGUAUGAGGUGUUAGGAGAGGCAGCAAGCAUGGAAUGGAUGACUGGCAAAGAAGACGUCGUUGCGUUCCUUCCACUAGGCACCACAGAACCCACAACUUCCCCAGGAACAUCGGAGGACGCGGGUCGACGUGAAGAGGAGAGAAUGGAGGUGCUCAGACGUCGCUCAUAG